CGGCGAGUUUGGUUAUCGAGGCGGUAGGCAGUGAGUCACAGCUUGGUUGGAUUCGUCAUCACCUGACCACCGCCUCCCGGGGCAAAGUUGUGUGCGGGCUUCUGCGUUUUUGAGGGGAUGUUUAUGACGGCUGUCCUUUCAGGGCUCCAGAAAUGGGGGAGGAAGCUUGUCCGUGGGGAGCCCCUAACACAACAUCAAUAUCGUGUUCCCUUGCUGAUGUAAUGAGUGAACAGCUGGCAAAAGAGCUGCAGCUAGAAGAAGAAAAUGCUGCUUUUCCUGAAGUGGUUGCUGUUGCUGAAGGACCAUUUAUUACAGGAGAAAAUAUUGACACUUCUAGUGACCUGAUGCUAGCUCAGAUGCUGCAGAUGGAAUUUGACAGGGAAUAUGAUGCACAGCUUCGGCGUGAAGAGAAGAAGAUUAAUGGAGAUAGCAAAGUCUCCAUAUCCUUUGAAAAUUAUCGGAAGGUGCAUCCCUAUGACAGUGACAGCUCAGAGGAUGAGGUUGAUUGGCAGGAUACCCGUCAUGAUCCUUAUAGAGCAGAUAAACCUACUACUACACCAAGAAAGGGCUUCGUAGGAAAAGGAAAAGACAUUACUACUAAACACGAUGAAGUGGUAUGUGGAAGAAAGAACACUGCUCGCAUGGAAAAUUUUGCACCUGAAUUCCAAGUUGGGGAUGGAAUUGGGAUGGACUUAAAGUUAUCAAAUCAAGUCUUCAACGCCUUAAAGCAACACGCGUACUCUGAGGAACGUCGAAGUGCAAGGCUCCAUGAAAAGAAGGAGCACUCCACUGCUGAGAAAGCAGUGGAUCCUAAAACACGUUUACUUCUGUAUAAGAUGGUCAAUGCUGGGAUGCUGGAGACCAUCACAGGCUGCAUCAGCACAGGAAAAGAAUCUGUUGUUUUUCAUGCAUAUGGAGGAAAAAGUGCAAAUGAAGAUAAAGUUAUACCUCCAGAAUGUGCCAUCAAAGUGUUUAAAACAACUCUUAAUGAAUUCAAGAACCGUGACAAAUACAUUAAGGAUGACUACAGAUUUAAAGACCGCUUCAGUAAAUUGAAUCCACGAAAGAUUAUUCGUAUGUGGGCUGAGAAAGAAAUGCAUAACUUAACAAGAAUGCAGAAUGCAGGAAUUCCUUGUCCUCAAGUGGUUAUCCUUAAGAAACACGUCUUGGUUAUGUCUUUCAUUGGCCAGGAUCAAGUCCCAGCUCCUAAACUAAAGGAUGUAACACUUAGUAGUGAAGAUAUGAAAAAGGCCUACUAUCAGAUUCUUAAUAUGAUGCAACAGUUGUAUAAGGAGUGCAACCUAGUCCAUGCAGAUCUGAGUGAAUACAAUAUGCUUUGGCAUGACGGGAAGGUCUGGCUUAUUGAUGUCAGUCAGUCUGUGGAGCCAACCCAUCCUCAUGGACUUGAGUUUUUGUUCAGAGACUGUAGAAAUGUUUCACAGUUCUUCCAGAAAGGAGGUGUGGCAGAAGCACUUAAUGAGCGUGAACUCUUCAAUGCUGUCUCAGGUUUAAAUAUUACAGCUGACAAUGAAGUAGACUUCCAAGCAGAGAUUGAAGCUCUGGAGAAGAUGAAUGAAGAUCACGUGCAGAAUCAUGGAAAGAAACUGUCAAUGUUUUCAAAUGAUGGAGACCCACCUAUAUAUGAUGAAUAGCACUGAGUGUAUAGCUGCUAAAGAAGAGAAACACAAAUUUACUGCUUCUAACUAUGUUGGUGCAGUGGUAAAUGUCAACUACCAACAUCAAGAGAGAGUGGUUGACUGGGAAUACCAAAAUGGAAAACACAGUGAGCAUAUAGUGAUGCCUCAGUGGUUUGGUUUUUUUUUGACGUAGCCCACACAUCAGGCUGGCACUGUGACAAUGGACUGUCACUACCUCUUCGGAUGGUCUGACAACUUCACCAAUUGCCCAGUUACAUCAGACUAAUGUAGCUGAGGUGGUCCUGUGUUGCAUGAUUCAGAGCGUAUAUAUUUUAGUUUUAAAAACCAAUUUUUAAAAAUAAUUUGAAGUAUUUAGUGGGAAAACAUACUAGGAGAGUCCCUCUUUUUUUCCUAUUGCUACUUGAAAAACUAAUUAAAAAUUGCAUAUGGACCCAAUGUCAGUGAACCUUUUAUCCUUCUCCACCAAGGGCAAAACGAAAAGUCAAACUAUGCGCUGCAAUCAUACGAAAAUGUUAAUUUAACAAACCAGUGUCUUUAUAUAUGCAAAAGUCUGGACCUUUUCAUUUGAAGUACAUGGAAUGUGGCUCUAUCUAUGUCUGUAAAUACAGUUGGGUAUUACAUGAGAAACAGAUUUGAAUCCAACCAGCAGAGGACUUCUUUGGUGAUGUGCCAGGAAAUCCUGAGGGCUGCAUCCAAGUUGCAUAGCAAAGAGUAAGUUCAGUUAGCUUCACUCUUAAUAUACAAGUGGUUCCAAGAACUCGAUGCAAGCAAAAAAAAAAAAUUAACAAUCCUUCUCUAAAUUGAAAUUCUGGGUAGAGCAUUGAACAUUCUUACUCGCUCUGAAGAUAAUCAUAGACUAUGAAAACUAAAUAGUGAUCAUCAAUAUUUUUAAAUGAAACUUUUUGCUUACAAGUGCAAAAAGAAUACUCAAAUUUUGUCUUUUUCUCAUGCUUUUAUUCUUAAUGUCAGUCUUUAUUUAGCAAGUUCUAAAAAUCUAGCAAUGUUUCUCUCCAAAACAACACCUUUAAAGAUGAACUGAUGUAGUGGGAUGGUUUGGAAUUAAGACAUUCUGAUCAACUUAUCUUUAACUCUGAUUGCUGUUUCUGAUGCUGCUCUUUAUCAAGCAGAAUACAGUGUUGCUACAUGUGACAUUCUCAUAGCGUGCUGUGAAAGUAAUUUUUAAAUUUUUUUUUGUUGUUGGAAAACUGGUGGUGAAGUAAAAACUUAAGAUCUUCUGGUGGUAUUCUUGCAUGGUUCUUUGCAUCAUACAGGUCUUCAUUGAUCUUCAGUGCUGCACUAGAGCAGUGUUAGGGUAGGACUACCCUAGUUCAUUAUAACAAUAGAAAAAUUACUAUUUUGGUGGAUACUACAUAAACAGUAAACAACCUUGACAUUUUUGCCAGUUUCAUUGCAGUACUUGCAUCCUCUUCCCUUUUUUAAGUUAGACAAUUGUCUUGCAUUUACCCCUUACUUUUGAAAUAAAGUCUUUUGGAGGCAA